GUGAAUGCCUGUUUCAUGUUUCUUUCACUCACCGUUUGACUUACAUACUAUAUCCGUGUGACAACCCUACAACGAGAAACGCUGCACCCUCCUCAAAACCCGUCUGCGCCUCCCAAACUCGACGCAUCCAGAAACCGCAACCAUGUCCGGCACCGAUAACCGCGAUAAUCAGCGCACACAUGUGCCCACUGGAACAGAUGAAGUGCCGCGCGAAUUCCUCGACCGCUUGAAGAACGCCACGAAACUCUACAACAAAAACCAAGACCCAGAUGAAUACCGUCGAGCUCUCAAGGGCUACCAUAACAAGCCUAAAAAAGAGACGAAGAAGGCAAAGAGCGAAGAGCGAGUGCCUGUCUUACUGCAGUGGAAGGAGAAGGAAAUGGCAGACGAGAUGGAGGCACUGAUGAUGGGUGGAAAAGAGGAGCAUGCAAGUGGAAAAGCGGACUGCGAUGCCCAGCGCUUGAACGUGUUUGUCAAAGCCAGACUCAGCGCCGCAGCGCCUAGAAACCCCAAGGGCGCUGGAUACCCCUACAUCAUGCACCGCGCUUAUCUUUGCGGUCAUCCCGACGAAUGGAUCAAAGUCCACGAGAUCCCUGGCGUGCAGCCAAGGAGGCUGCAGCAUACCCUCGUCUCUGCAUUCGUACCAGGUACUAGAGAAUUAAGGAUGGCCUACGACUGCACCCUAGAGCGCUGCCCCCGCUGCGCAGACGAGCAUCAAGCGCAGCGGCGUCAGGAACGUCCAUACGAAUGCACUCGUUCCCUUGCGGCGAAUCAGGGUGAGGUACAAUCCAGCGAGGACUGUGUGAAAGACGGGUUCCUUCAUGUAUUAAGACGAGAGCGGUUUGGAUCGAAGGUCAAGAGUGAGAGGCCAGUGCGUUGGAUAGACGAAGGUGACCAGAAUAAGGUCUACCGCAUGCUUCGAGAGAUGCACGUCAAGACGGAGGCCGAGCGUGGAAUCAAGCAACACGAACGGAUUUACGAGGAUGAACGCCCGCAGGAGCAGCUCCUUACGAAUUCCGACCGCCGCAAGAGGUAUGUGACAGCGCGGCGAGUUACCGAGAAGCCUGAGACUCCACCAUGGCGACAACCGCAGCAGCGUGAGCGGGCAGUCUCCAUGCCGUGGUUCGAGAACUCUGGAAAUAUCCACAGGCCACCAGAAGAAUUCAGGCAUCCAGCCCCAAAGCACAUCAUGACCCGGACUUCGACAGAGCCACUGAGGAAGCCGGCGCAAUCAAUUCCCAGUGCUGCCGCUACGCUUCGGUAUUCCGAUGGAGCGAAUCCAAACCCAGAGUCUUUCCGAAGUCGCACUUAUACCCCUCCAACAAUUAAAAGCCCGAGAGAAAGAGUGCUCGCCAAUCUAGAAUCCCGUAAAUCCGACAGCCCUAGAAGCUCUGUGAGGGUGUCGGGAGGGACAACAACGAGCGGUGGGGGAAGCUCUUUGAGAGAUUCCGGAGGCGCGGCGCAAAGUCAAGGCGGGCUUUCGAGACGUUCUGGGGGAACUGUACAGAACAGUGGAUCCGGAACAUCGUCACUGCGAGCCUCGAACGGGACUACGCAGAGCAGCGGAUCAGGGAGGAUGAUUACGAGGGCGGAACUGGAAAAGCCGUUACCAGCGCCGCCUCCAGAGGAGAGGCAAAGAAGAUGGUUAAGACGAUAG